GCUUUAGACGCGGGAGCGCUCGGCUGAUCAGUGCGCGGAAGCGGGUGCACGAAUAGCGGAACAUGGCGGCGCUGCGGCCGUUUGAUAAACUGCCUAUGCUGAACGCCGCCGCCGUGCUGUUAAUAGGGAGCGAGGAGCAUCAUCUGGAGCAGCUGGCCGGCGCUAUGCUGAAGGAGCCCAAGUCCUUUGAGGUGAAGAUUCACAUGGCCCCAUCCCUCCCACUUCCAUAUGAGAGAGAGCACCUCCGCCCACGGUUUGACAUGGUUGUCUUCCUGAUUAACUUGCACAGCAAGUACAGUCUGUCCUUGGUCCUGUCCUCUCUGUCACAUAUGGACACCAGCUUCUUCCUUGGGAAAGUCUGUUUUCUGGCUAUAGGAGGUGGGCAAGUCAAGCACUGCAUGGUUGAUGUAUCUACAGUGAAGAAGCUGGCAGACACCCACCUGAGUACCCUGCUGCUCUCCGAGCUAGAUAGUGAAGAGGAAGUGAUGUACACAGCACAGCGAUUGCUGCGGAUGUUGCAGAUCUGUGCUGGGAUGGUUCCCGGGGUGUCAGCCCUGUACCUGGGUUCUCUCGUUAAACCUUCAUGUCACCUCAGUGAGAUUUAGUGCCAGCAGUUGUCUGCAAGUGUAUACAAUUACUGCUUCACCCCAGACUCUAGCCCAGUCAUAUUGUUACAGGAGAUUCAGCGGUAGAACACGUCUUUCACCAUCAUUUGUAUUGUAACCGUUGCUUUGUGCUUUUGUGUCUCAUUCUCUACUUAAUCACAGUGUGUCAUUUAUUGCAACACACGGCAGCUCCUGUGCAGUGCGCGGCUACACGCAUAUGACUCACCUAUAGAAGCCAAAACCUAGUCCCAAACGAUCAGGGGAGCAGGCUACGCGUUUCGUUCAUAUACCAGCACUUCGUCAGAACUUAGCCAACUAACUCACAUAAUACCUGUGUCCUGCUGGGUGAGUUUAACCCCUCUUAGCUACAGAUAAUUUGAUUUUGUCUUUAACAGAAAUACGUAAUGUUGUUGACCUCGACAAACCAGUGCUGCAUUUUCUACGGUAGCUGCAUUAGGAGAGGGGCCUAGUGAGGAUAAUGAGGUCUGUAGUAAGGGCCGCGCUACAAUUGUGUAUCGGAAACAUUUGUACUGCUAAUAAAAUAAUCUGAGCUAUACCUGAUUGUUACUGUUUGUAUUGAGGUGUAAUUAUAUUGUUAAGUUAGAUUGUCCGUCUGAGACCUCUAUGUGAUUUUUAUUAUAAUUAUUAUCUAAAGCACAAAUUCAUUGCCUAAUUUAAUAAUAAUUUGUACAAUAAACAUUGAAACAAUUGAA